UCCUGGGGAAUAAUAUCUUUCAUUUUGAUGAACUGAGCACACCAAAAUCAACAUACCUGAUAAUAUAGCGGAAUAAAUAAUUCAAUAAUAUUUAGUUAUUACUGAUACUACUGAUUAACAUUAUGGAAUCGGAAAAAUCCUUGAUUAUCAAACAUUGAUUACUGGGAGUGUAGACAAGCGGAAGUAGGAUUUAUUUCUGAAAAAGUGUAAAUAUGGUGUCGAAAAAGUUCAAAUUGUCACUUGGUAAUCUGAUAUUUUGGAUUCUAUUUUGUAUUUUUUGUGAAAUAAAAGUAAUUGAAACAACAUCACCAAACGGAAGUGGAAUCACCGCAACAGUAAAAACACUUCCACCAACACUGCCAAUGCUGACACAUUUUCUGACAUUUCGUACAGAAACUUUUCAACCCGAGAUAAACUUGUAUAAUCCAGGGAUAGCUGACAUGGAAUAUUAUAUGAAAACUCAGAAAAAGGUCAUAAAUUACCUAGCAGGAUUUAAAAAUGAAUUUCAGAGAACUAUUGUAGAAACUCAAAUGAAAUUUUGCCCGUACGAGCCACUCUGUAAUUUUACUGUAAACGCAAGUACGGACAAAAAGAGCUGUUGUGCACCGUGCCUUUGUAAUAACUGUGAAACGGACAGGACUUGUUGUCCUAGUGUCAUAGACGAGAAAGAAUUUAUUUUUGAUAAUUCCACAGGGCAAUUCCCAAGUACUGAAAGACAUGUAGAACAAACGUGUAUUUUACGGCAUUUAACAAUUAGACCAUCGUAUGAACAAAAAGGGUUCAUGGCCUUUUCAGAUUGCCCAAUGAACACCAGUUCAGUGCUUAGAUAUAAUUGUUCCAGACCAUAUACAAAGGAUUUAAAAAUAAAUUUUUCCUUACCUGUCUUCAGCAAUAAAAGCCUGUUGAUUUUUAGAAAUCAAUUUUGCGCCCACUGCAAUGGUGUAGCUGAGGAAGACAUUAUUUUCUUUCAUCCAGUGGUCUCCUGUGAAACGACUGAACUUUUAAGUCAAGCAUCGUCUGAGAAAGAGAUAAUCGAACUGAUAUUUGCUAACGAAACGUGUGACUUGUCCUUUGGGUUUUUUGAUUCACGUGUACAGUUACAAGACUGCAAAUAUUCUAUUUCGAAAUGCAACGUUACUGGAACUUGGAGAGAGUACGAUAUCCAUUUGGAAACAGCUUGCCAUUUAUACGAAUCAAAGUUCGAACACGAAACUUACGUGUUUCGUAACGUUUUUUGUGCAUUGUGUAAUGGGAUGUCGCUUCACACAGUAACAUGCGAAUGGUUCACCACCCUUAAGACUGAUACUUUCUCGUUUUCUGGACUGCUUAACCUUGAUUUUGAUCAAGGAUUUUCCACUGCUUCUCUCGAGGAGAGCCGUCUUGAUCAAGACUCGUCCUGCAAAACGUUUCAACUGUAUGACCCUCUGACGGUGAGAGUGUUUGUAGAUAUUAUAGGGGCUAUGAUAUCAGUCUAAAAGGAAAUAAGGAU